AUGGUAAGAUUACAAUAUUCUACAAAACACUUACUGAUUCCGCUGAUAUUAUCAUCCAAUCUUCAUACGGUACUAGCAGAUUCGUCGACAGUAUCAUGCAAUCCGUUGUCAGCAACAAAUUGUGCAUCAAAUCCUGCCCUUGCUACAAGCUUUGCCGAAGACUUUAGUUCAGAACCUGAUAGGUUUAUCGACCAAAAACAUGCCGGUACAAUCACCUACGGAGGUGAUGGUAUGAAUAUGACUUUAGCCAAAAGAUUUGAUAAUCCAUCUCUAAAGUCAGAUUUUUAUAUAAUGUAUGGUAAAGUGGAAGUUAUAUUAAAGGCAGGUAGUGGGACAGGGAUUAUUUCCUCAUUUUAUUUGCAGAGUGACGAUUUAGAUGAAAUUGAUAUCGAAUGGGUUGGUGGUGACGGUACUCAAUUCCAAUCCAAUUAUUUCUCGAAGGGGAGCGUUGUAACAUAUGAUAGAGGUGAAUUCCAUACUGUUAGUUCUCCACAGACGGAAUAUCAUAACUAUACACUAGAUUGGGCCAUGGAUAAGACAACUUGGUAUCUUGAUGGUACGCCCGUUAGAGUCUUACCAAACACUACCUCUGAAGGAUAUCCUCAAACACCUAUGUAUAUUAUGAUGGGAAUUUGGGCAGGUGGUGACCCAAGUAAUGAACCUGGUACAAUCGAGUGGGCAGGUGGACUAACAGACUAUAGUCAAGCACCAUUUACAAUGGGAAUUAAGAGAGUGAUUGUCACAGAUUAUUCCACAGGGAAAACGUAUUCGUAUGAUGACCAAUCAGGUUCUUGGGAAUCUAUUAGAGCUGAAGAUGGUACAGUUAACGGUAGAUAUGAACAAGCGCAGGAAGAUUUUGCAUUAUUGGCACAAGACCAAUCAAUAUCAGGUGCUACUUCAUCUAGUACGUCUUCUUCAAAGGUGUCAUCUAGCACAGUUUCAUCGUCCACUUCAUCAUCUUCCAUCUCAUCGUCUUCUGUACUAACUUCAGCGGUGAUUUUCUCCUCCCCUUCAUCGUCAGCCUCUUCUAUUCCUUCGUCAAGUUCUGCUUCUAGUUCAUCUUCUAGUUCCAGUGUCGAAACAACGACCCGCAGUUUAACAUCAAAAAACUCAACGUCAAGUUCAAACAUCUAUGUCUCAUCCUCCCCUACCACUUCAUCGUCAUCAUCAAUGAGUUCUGCAAGAACAGUAUUGUCCUCUUCCUCUACCAGAAUAACUUCUUCUUCUUCUUCUUCUUCUUCAUCUGUAUCGAUAUCUGGAUCUCCUACUUCUACUUCAACUUCUUCUUCUCACUCUGGAAGUUCAACAAGUCAUUCUGUGGAAACUUCUUCUGCUGCUGCUACAGCGGUCGUUUUCUUUAAUAGAGGCAUUACCUUUUUACUAGUGUUCAUUUGUUCUUUAAUAUAA